GCUUCCAUUUUUCGCUCACGAUCCUUUACUUUGCUAGAAUACUCCAAUUCGGAACCAACACGUGCGAACCAUGGGUUUUCAGAAUAUUUGGUACUCGCAUCCGCGAAAAUACGGUCAGGGAUCCAGAUCCUGCCGUGCUUGCGCAAACAGACAUGGUCUUAUUAGAAAAUAUGGCCUGAACAUUUGUCGACAGUGCUUCAGAGAAUAUGCUGCUGACAUUGGGUUUAAGAAGCUGGAUUAGCAUGUAACAA